AUGAUUCCAACUUUACCUUUGAGAUCUACAGAAACCGUUCAAAAAGUGUUAAAGAGUUUUAUGGCAGCUGGAGGAUUUGACGCAGUUGUAUUGCCAAAGCUUAGCGUCAUUGAUAGUACGGACGGUCGAAUUAAAGCCGAGUUUGAAGUUGAAAAGAAGCACUUGAAUAGGCUUGAAUCUGUACAUGGCGGGUUAUUAGCUACUGUUGUUGACAUAGGUGGUUCUUUAGCCAUUGCUUCCAAGGGCUUGUAUGCUACCGGUGUCAGCACAGAUAUAAACAUAAGCUAUAUCUCUGGAGUUAAACAAGGGGAAAAGAUUACUGUAGAUGCUCGUGUUGACAAAUUGGGCAAAACUUUGGCCUUUACAACAGUUGAACUGCACAGUAACGGUCGCUUGGUCGCUUUGGGCAGACACAAUAAGUUUGUAGCUCAAGCUUAUGAUCAUCCGGAAAACGUUUUGAAAAAGAAUUAA